AUGAACGUCACACAAACCACGGACAUAUCAAAGAGCGUGGCCAUGGACUUCGAGACGGAUAAAGCAUCAUACAAGCUUGCUGGAGUCAUUUACUACGGUGAUUACCAUUUCACUGCGAGACUGGUCGACAAGCAAAGGACAGUCUGGUCUUAUGACGGUAUGCAGCACAAUGGGGUCUGCAUACAGGAAGCGAAGCUCAAAGACAUGAGCAGUAUGGCUACCCUAGGAAACAGAACGGCUGCCGUGGCCAUUUAUUCCUCGUUGUGA